AUGGCGAUGUGUCAUCUUCUUCAACUUCUCAGUAUAUCAUUGUUGUUGUCCGUUAAGGCUGAAAAUAAUCCUGAGCCAGAUACUAUCUCCAUGACAAUAAAUACGCAAUUGAAUCACCAAAAAGAUUUUAUAAUUUUACAAAAUGUGCCGAGUUUAUUGACACCAAAAUAUGUACUUCGAGUGGAGUAUCACUGCAGUAAGAAUAGCGUUGCGGGUGUUCAGAUCUAUGCAAGCUCCGAACUACGUCAACACGUGAAGGUGUUUGAACGAUUCUGGAAAUGUGUAACUAUGCAACAGGGGUCAAAGGUCAAACAUAUACUUUUGUUACUACCUGAUAUUAUGGGAUAUCGAGAAGAUUACAUCAUCAAAAACAGUAUUAAUGUGAAGGACGUUAACAUCAGAGCAUGGCUGAUUAGCGAGGAAAUGUUCGACAAUAAUCAUAAUACAGUAUAUAGCAAGUCACAUGCUAAAGUCAAGUACCAAGUGUCUGUUUUGCCACCGUACUCAAGGCCUUAUAAGGAACAUGAUGUUUGCCCUCAGUGGUAUAUUAAAUAUAGACAGAUAUAUGUGAAUAUGGUAAUUCCUGUGUGUCCUAUACAGCCAGAGAUUGUGGACCUUCUGACUUUCCCAGUGUCAUUCUCUGCUUCAAAUACUGGUGUGAGUCGACAGUUAAAUCAAUUCACUGAUAAAGUUUUGUUAAAAGAAAUGAAAGAAAAACAUUCUUAUCCAAUUAUUAUCCACCAUAAAUCACUCUAUGACAAUCAGUAUUUAACUCCUUUAUUGCUGAUCACUAAGGAUGGGUCUUGUUCUAAUGAUCUGAUACAAUUUGUGAAUAAUGAAUAUUCAAAAGAAAAUAAGAGCAACCAAUUACAAAGCUACAUUUGGAAAGAACCGAUAGCCGCCAAACAUCAGACGGUUUAUAAGAUAUUAAAACACAGGGUUCUGAAUAACAACCAUGACAUGUCUUCUAUUGGACAACAAUUAUAUGAAACAGCUUCAUCUAAGUUGACAUUCGGAAUAAAUCAACUAAAAAACAUGGUGGCCGUAUUAAAACAAGCCAGCUGCUAUGGUUACCACAAAGCUUCAUACAUGUUGUCAGUUUUGUACAAUAACGGUGUAGGACAGAAAAUUGACAAAAAUAAGAGUGGUUUAUACUUGUUGAUUUCAUCACAUGGUGAAUAUAGAGUUUCAUUGAUGGCUGCAGGCAACAAGCAUUUCUAUGGAUUAGAUGGAUGCAACCAAGAUAACGAUUAUUCAUUUUUGUACUAUAAAAAUAUAGCAGAUAAAACUAUGCAAGACAGAGAAAGACAUGACCCAACAGGGACUUUUACAGAACAUGUUCGACUUACAGACAGUAAGGUAUUAGAAACACAGCGAGGAGAGACAGGUGAUUAUUUCCUAUGGUUGAAACACCAAGCUAAGAAAGGUGUCAGUGAUGCGCAGAUAAAUAUUGCUAGAAUGUUAUUUUGGGGACAACAAGGUGUAGAUAGAAAUAUGGAGGCUGCUGUACACUUCUAUCAGAUAUCGGCCGAAGCCGAAGAUGCCACGGCUGUGUCUCUUUAUGAUUAUGGUGUUAUUUUAAUAAGGGGUCAAGGAAUAGAAAAGAACAUUCAUAAAGGUUUAGAAAACCUGAACAAAUCAGCAGAACUGGGACACGCACCAGCAAUCACAGCACUUGGAUGGUAUGCAGCCAAUUUUGAAAACAAUGUUGUUAAAGCAGUAGAGUACUGGGAGAAAGCAGAUAAGCUACAGAACAGAGAUGCUGCAUUCAACUUAGGACAUUUGUAUAACAGUGGGAAAUACCCUGGACAACAAGUCAAUCAGAAAAGAGCUUUUGAUUAUUUCUACAAAGCUGCACGUCUUGGCCAUAUUGAUUCCGGUGUGACCUUAUCCCAGUACUAUAAUCAAGGAGUGGAGAAUUAUGUAGAUAGAAGUACCCUCUAUGCUGCACUGUGGGCUAAAUAUAUUGCUGAGCACCACAGUCCAGAAAUUGGUAGCUUAUUAAAGCAAGGUGUGAAAGCAUAUCUUGAGCAAUCAUGGUCUGAAGCUUAUGUAUAUUACCUGAUGGCAGCGGAAUCUGGGCUGGAAGUAGCACAGUUUAAUAUUGCAUAUUUGUGUGAAGAAAACCAU